AUGGGUCAUGCAUAUCAAUGGCUCCCCACCAAGAACAACUUCUCGUCAAUGGAAUUUCGAUAUAACAGUCGCAGCAUUACUGUGAAGUUAGUUUCGGAUUACAUUCACACCGAAUUGGUUUAUAAAGACAUCGGAGGAGGAUCGAUGUCUUUAGAGUCAAAAGAAAACAAGAAACUAAGAAACUCCCUGACUAUUGAUGAUACGUUUUUCAAUGUUUUCUGUGAAGAUUUUGAGCUGAUAAUUUCCAAUCAAAGAGUUCCAACAAUUAGCUUGGUAUUGAGGCACAACAGUUAUUAUGACGAAACUCGAGAAUGUGAAGAGGUGUUUUUGGAUUUCAUAACUUCUAAGCUAUUUGAUUGUUUGGAAAAAUCAUUGAAAUCGAGAAAGGAUUUGUUUCAAGUUAGCCUUGUCAUAUUGGAGCCAGUCGAUAUGGAUCAAGCCAUGUCAAUCAUUCUCAAUAUGGACCCAUUUGAAUUGAGUCUUGUAGAAAUUUCUUUCUCUCAUAGAACAAAUCAAGUAAACAUUGAUGGAAUCUCGUCAUUAAUCGAAUGGAACCAGGGAAGGAAAUUGGAAUUAAAUAUGUAUUUUGGCAUCAUGUCGGCUGAGAACUUGGUGACUGUAAAACAUUUACUCAAACACCAUUCAACUUUUCAUAGAGUUGAAAUUUACUACAAGAAUAGUGAUGAUAAUCUGGAUCUGUCUUUUGAUGUCCUUCACCAACAAUGGGUUUGUUCUGUGUUCAAACAAUUCAUAUUUACCCUCCGAAAUCAGGAAGCGGACCAACUGAAAAAUGAAGUAUCGGUUAGUUUCAUUUGUGUCAAAAUUACAAAUUCUUUUAUUAGUUUCCAGGCAAGUUCUAUAGAUGUCAUACUCAGCGGGAGAGUGUCACAAAAUCCAUUCAUCAUGGAAUCGGUUCUAAAAAACUUGGAGUGUUUUGAUAUACAAAGACUUCGAAAAACGUCAUCUGGAAUCCGGAGGUGCGUUGAUUAUAUCAAACCGGAACCACAUAUCGAAAAGUGUUCAAUCGAGUUUGACAGUAUAAAUCGAAUCGUUACAUCCAUUGCUCAGAGAAAUGGUUUAUUCAAAAAAGUGAGGUACGGAGAUGGAAAAGAUAUAUAUGGAGUUCAUAAUGUCCACUGUGGGAAAACGACCAUGGAAGGCGAGGAUUUAGGAAGAAUAGUUUUGAAUGACUUCAAAAUCAAUCUCGAACAUCAGAAGACGUGUUUGGAAGAGUUUUUUGUAAAUUUUUCUUUUGUUCAUGCAUUUCACAAUCGUUCUAAUCCCAACUGGCGUCCUCGAAAGGUGGAUAAUGGUUCUCGUAAAAAAGUGGAUUAUGAUCAAGUUGCUUCUCUUACUUCGGAGUUUACGGAAAAAACGGACCAAUGUCUUAAAUCUAUGCCACCUCUUCGAGUCAGAACCUUGAUUAUAGGGAGUGUCAAUCAAGAAGAUGUGUUCAGAAUUCUAUCACAUGUUCAUCCUGAAAUUCUGAAAGUCAUCGAGAUACGAUAUCCAUUCAAAGUCAACGUCGAAAAAUGUCUAGAAGUGGAUAACAUCUGUCAACUGAAACAGUGGAAUAGUGCUGAAGAACUAAUUAUCAAUUCAGUGACUAUAUCCACAGGGAUUCAAGAAAUGAAAAUUACUCAUUUUGUUUCAGUUGAUAUUCUUGUAGAAAACAUUUAUGCGGAAGACAUUGUCUAUUUGAAAAAGGUUUGUUUCAAAGAGCUACUCAAAUCGUCAAACUUCAAAAAAUUCAAAAUAACUUUUGCAAAAUCAACAUUGGAUCAAAGUGUACUACUGUCACUGGGAGAACCCUAUCGUUUGGCUGGCUAUACUCGUGUUUGGUAUUUUCUAUUUCCGAAUUCCACUCAAUAUCUUCAUAUUUUUCUCCACUCGGAGAGAUCUGUUAUAUUCAAUCGUGUAGAAUUUGAAAAUACUCCAUUUUUUGAACCCAUUGUUCAGAAUGAAUGA